AUGUCCGAAUCCAAGAAAUUCUCGGAUUUGAGGAAAAUGUUCGAAUCGGAUAACUGUUUCACGGAGGAGAGUGCUGAGAAACCGGCAGUGCCUCGACAUCGUCUUCUCAACUCAACCGUCAGCAACGUUCAACCACAACAAUCAGAAGAUUUCACUCCACAGCCCGAACACUUCGCCUGGGAAUCGAUUGAUCAAUUGACGGGUAGAGUGAAGAAAAGUUCUCACUACGUCCAGAAUAGAUCGUCGUUCUCAAGGCCAGCCACUCAAAAAAUCGAUUACAGCAAAGAAGCAAAGCUGCUACCGAUUGCUCCAAAACCGAAAAUUGAGCAAAAACCGAAACUCCUUAUGAAUCAGUUAUCAGAUGCUCCAAAAGUAAUCUUGGACUUAAAUCUUCGGAAAUACAAUCAGAAGUUUUCUGGAGAAAUCUUGGAAUCUGUGAACAUUUGCCAAGAGCAAGAAGAGCCAGAAGAAGAUAUUCCUUUGCCGAUCAGAACCGCGAGUCGACCCAGCCGGAGUGUUAUCUUCAAGUCUUUCCCGGAAAUCUUUUCCGGCAGAAGUUCAAAAGAUUUUUCAAGUCAAAGUCGAGAAGAUCUCAAAGCAACGAUUGAGUUGAUGCCAUCUCCACCCUCACCGAAGCCUGAUCAAGCCGAUCAUUCAAUGGGACAAUUGCCUCCAGAACAAGACUCAAAUUGGAUAAAUCCCUCAAAUCAAAUCAAUGAUAAAAUUGCUGAGCUCGACAAUGAAAUCAAGGAUUUUGCUGAUUAUUUAGAGCAACAAGUCGAGAAAAGUUGCACAGUUGAUGCGAUGACGAAACGAGUCGAGCAGUUGACUGAGAAACUUGGAGCAAAAAUCUUUCUCCUCCCCGUUUUACCAAAAGAGAAAUUUGAAGCAAACAAUGUUGUCAUCAAAAAAAUUGAUAAUCUUCUCAUUUCUUAUAAAGGAGUCAAUCGACGGGAUCUCUACUUGCUCAAGGAUGUCAUGAUUACCUUAGAAAAAGAAUUGAAACGAAAAAGCUUCAUAAAAGUCUUUGUUGAGGCUAUGUUGACCUUUGACUUUUCGAAGUUUGAGAGAGAUCUUGAUCAGAUCUUCAAGAAACUCUGGCUUCUUUCUUCUCCAAAUUUCUUCGAUGCAGCACUUGAAUUCUCACAAAAUUAUCUUGAGAGCAUGAAAUCUGACACCGAUAAAGGUGAAGAAAAAGAAUUGGAAGAGAUUUACGUAACAAAGUGGAUGAAUUUCCUAAUCACAAAUCAGAGCGUUCAAGAGCACACCGCGAGCCUCAUCUUUCGAAGAGCUACAGAAAAUUUGAAGUGGAAAAAUAAGGAAAAAGAACAAAUAGUUUUUGAAGAGGCUCUCAAUCGACGUGAUCGACUUUUCGGAGCGCCAGCGAAGAAAUGGAAUGAAAAACUGAAAUUGAGAGAUUUGCGUUCAGAA